GCAAUCACGAUUUAAUUCCCCGUCUCACACCAACUCCAAAUCCAUCUUCCAAACAUGCAAAUUUCGGGAAUCUGAGUAUCAAACAAACGCCCUAUCAUGGCAGAAUCACCUUUACUCCACGCUCACACAGAGCCCCGAACAUCUUGCGAUUCGCAAGACCCGGCAGAGCCAUUUUUACCCCGACCAUCGGCCCCCGGGUCCCCAGUGCCUCAAAACCCAACUCGAAUUCUGUUGCGGUUGUACAUUUCCCAUUUUCUCUCAACAUGGAACUCGCGCAUGUUUGAGUUUGGGGCUGUCUUGUUCCUGGCCACUAUCUUCCCGGGAACACUGCGGUAUGCUUCGGUGUAUGCUUUGGUACGAUCGCUGGCUGCGGUGGUCCUAUCCUCGUGGUUGGGAUCGGUGGUGGACCGGGCGAAUAGGUUGAGAGCGAUUCGGCAUUCCAUUAUAUGGCAGAGACUCCCUGUGGCUGCUUCCUGCGCAUGCUUUACGGUUCUCCUGGCGCCGUCUACUACGGUGUUUACUUCGCUCGUGUUUGCGGGCUCAGUACUGCUCGCUUGUGUGGAGAAGCUCGCUGCUACUGCUAAUUGUGUUGCUGUUGAGAGAGACUGGGCCAUUGUUGUGUCGGAUGCUUUGGAUAUCCCUCGACAAGACCUCAAUGCCUCUAUGAGACGGAUAGAUCUAUUUUGCAAACUCUUAGCUCCGGUGGUCAUCUCCGUGGUUGAUGGACUGUCGACCAAGAUAGCCAUAUGGACGGUCUUGGCUGUGAAUGUUUCCUGCGUCGUCGUUGAGUACAUUGCAAUCGCUCAGGUGUAUACGUCCAUACCCGAACUCAAGCGUUGUCAGGAUGGAAGCAAUGAGAUCGGAGAUGGACCUGGGCUUCAGCCACAGAAUAGCGACAGUACUCCGAGCGCAGCUCGUCGGAUAGCGCAGUAUAGCAGAAGGGCUCUUGCUCCGUGGCGAGAGUAUGUGGCUAGCUCUGUAUUCCUGGCCUCUCUUGCCUUGAGCUUACUUUACCUCACGGUGCUCUCCUUCGGCACUACCAUGGUAACGUAUCUGCUACAUACUGGCUUCACUCCGCUGCAGGUCAGCGGGAUGAGGAUCGGAGCUGUCAUUGCAGAGCUGUCAGGGACAUGGGCAGCCCCCUUCAUCAUGGGCAGGAUUGGGCCUAUCCGGUCAGGACUGUGGUUCCUGAACUGGCAGUUUGCCUGUCUGGCGGCUGCAGUGACGGCCUUUGCUGUCCUCGACAAUCAGUCUCAAGUGGUUGCCGUGAGCCUGAUUGUGGGCGUAGCUCUCAGUCGAAUCGGGCUUUGGGGCUUUGACCUUUCGGUACAAUUUCUAGUUCAAGAGGGUGUGGACGAACGGGCUCGCGCGCGGUUCUCAUCCACGGAAAUGGCUCUCCAAAACAUCUUCGAGCUCCUGUCCUUUGCGACGACCAUUGCAUUCCCGCUUCCCGAACAAUUCAAAUACCCAGUAUUCAUCAGUUACGGGGGCAUUGCGCUGGCUGCUAUAUGUUUCGCGACGUAUGUGCGAAAGGAACGCGGACACUUGCUGCAUACAUCCAAGUGUUUUGGGGGAGACAAGAAACGGAUCGUCCCCGACCCGCAGGAUGUCAUCAUCCGAAGGGCAUAAUGAGAUAGAGUGCAUGUAGUGUCAUGAGAUAUGAAUCAAAUAUGCUGUCUGACGUAGCUGUUCCU